AUGAACACUAAUCUAAAAUCCAGAUCGAUAACAAGCACUGAUCAGCAACUAAUAACACUUAGUUCACUUGGAGUAGCACUCAAUAUUCCACAUCAAUCUUUACCAUCUGUACCGCGCAUCAAUAAAGUUCCUCGGCAAAACCUUGCGAAAUCAUUUGAAAUUUCAUAUCUACAAGUACCUCACCAACAACAACUACUAUCACUACAGCAACAACAACAACGGUUACUACAGCAACAUCAACAAGUACUACCUCGUUGUCGACAACAAGCAAAACAACCAGCACUACAUCAUCAUCAACCAGCAGUACCUCGACAUCGACAACAAGCAAAACAACCAGCACUACAUCAACAUCAACAACUACCACUUCGACAAAGACAACAAGCACAACAACAAGCACUACAUCAACAUCAACAAGCACUUCCUCAACAACAAAAACGACAUCAACAAGUACAACUUGUAAAGUAUCUUUCAUAUAUUCUACAUUUAUUUACUUUUUGUCACUUUCAGCAACAACAUCAACGACAAUUACCACAACGACACGUAAGUGAAAUAAGAUAUAUUUAG